AUGAAAUUCCGCUGUAGAAUAUACAGCGCUCUGCAUCGAUUCUCUAGAAGAAUGGGAUGCUCUUGGUACAAAGAGUGUGAUAACCAAAUUACUUACGAUGUAGCUGAUCUGUCUCCGGAAUGGCAAGUCACGAUGUUUUUGGAUGCAGACUAUCAAGAACUGUUUAGCGUCCAGGAGACCAACACACUCGUCUCCAGGUGGAAGUAUCUGAUGGAGAGCAAGAGAUCCAUUCACUUUGGGAGGACUUUGUUUGCAAAAUUUUUCCUGUAUGCUCCGGAAACGCAGAAGUUCUUUUUCCGUGAGCGCGAGAAAGUGCCUAUACGUCCCUACGAUUGGCAAAGAUACCCUUUAUUUAAGUCGCACGUUCGGAGGGUAAUCAAUGGAAUAGACUACACCAUAUCAUUAUUACACUACCCAGAAGAACUUGCGCGCCACUUGAAUCGGAUGAGAGAAGUUCACCACGGUUAUUCUAACAUGAAGAUAAUCUACGGAGAG